GCGCACGGUGAGGCGGCGUGCGGGGACUACAUUUCCCAGCGACCGCGGCGCCAGGAGCGGAACCGGGAAGCGCGAAGAUGGCGGUGGAUAAGGAGCUGCUGGAGCGGGACCUCUACGGGCUGCUGGGGAUCGGCGAGAAGGCGUCCGAGAAGGAGGUGAAGACAGCGUUCCGGCAGAAGGCUCUCACCUGCCACCCCGACAAGAACCCCGACAACCCCCGGGCAGCGGAAAUUUUCCACCAGCUGUCCCAGGCCUUGGCCGUGCUCACAGAUGCAGCAGCCAGGGCAGCCUAUGACAGGGUGAGGAGGGCGAAGAAGGAGGCUGCAGCAAGGACACAGAAACUCGAUGAGAAGAGGAAGAAAGUAAAGCUUGAUCUUGAAGCCAGAGAACGGGAAGCCCAGUCCCAGGAGAAUGAAGAGGAGGAGAUCAGGAUAACGAGAUCAUUAGAAGAAGAAAUAAUCCGCCUGCGUGAGGAGGGCUCCCGGCAGCUGGAGGAGCAGCAGAGGCUGGUCAGGGAGCAGAUCCGCCUGGAGAGGGAGCAGCACAGCCGAGGCAAGCAGGAAAGAAAUGGAGCAGAAGGCAAAAUAACUCCUAAGCUCAAGCUCAGGUGGAAAUGCAGGAAGGAAGAUGAGACUGGAGGGGGAUACUCCAAAGAUGUGCUGCUGCAGAUCCUGCAGAAGUAUGGUGAUGUGCUCAAUUUGUUGAUCUCCAGCAGGAAGACUGGGAGUGCAGUGGUGGAAUUUGCCACGGUGAAGGCAGCUGAGAUGGCUGUGAAGAAUGAGGUUGGCCUGCUAAAUAACCCCCUGAAGAUUUCCUGGCUGGAGGGCCAGCCCCAGAGCCGCCCCAGCACCGUCCUCCCUGACAGCACCAGCCAGCCCAGGAGCUCACAGGGACAGCCAGCAAUCCCACCGGUGCUCCUGGACACUGAUCCCAGCCAGAGAUCCCAGCCGUGCCCACCCCCUUGGCCGCGUUUUCCACCCUGGGAUGGCUUUUUGGGGACGAGGGAAAACCAUCUGCAAGGACAAGAGGGGCCGUCCCUUUGGCGUUCGUGGGAUCCCACUGCAAGUUUCCCAAGCCAGGCCGUGCCCGUGCCGGUGCCCCGGGCGCUGCUCCCGGCGGGAGACGCCGAGGGAGCCGUGCCCAGCCCCCUGCUGAGGCAGGACGAGCAGCUGGAGCUGCUGGAGCGCCUGGACUUCGUGGUGAGGAACGUGGCCGAGCUGCGGAGGGAGGUGGAGGAGCUGAGGAGCAGCCUGCAGGACCUGGCCGCGGGCAUCGUGGGGGAGAUCAGGACCCACCUGGAGGAAACCCAGCGCGUGGCUCGCCGGAGGAAGUUCCCCUUCUCCAGGGAGAGGAGUGACUCCACAGGCUCCAGCUCCAUUUAUUUCACAGCCAGCUCAGGGAAACUCAACACAGAUGAUGGAGAGAGUGAAGGGGGUUACACCACGGCCAACGCCGAGUCCGACUACGAGCGGGAGUCGGAGCGGGAGAGUGAGGACGAAGUGAGCUGUGACACAGUGAGGACGGUGCGCAGGGACUCGCUGGAGCUGGCCCCCGAGGACGAGGGUCCCCUGCUGCCCGAGGCCUCGCUGGACCAGGGGCUGGGCCAGCUCCUGGAGCAGGCUGACCGCCUGCACGGCGGCGACGAGCAGGACAGGAGAGAGGGCUUCCAGCUGCUCCUCAACAACAAGCUGGCGUACGCGGGGCAGCGGGAGUUCCUGUGGCGCCUGGCGCGCGCGCACUGCGACAUGUGGGAGCUGACCGAGGACAAGGACGAGAGGAGGUCCUAUGCCACAGGGGGGAAGGAAGAGCUGGAACUUGCCUUGCAGAAAUGGGAUCAAAGUGCUGAGUGCCACCAGUGGUUUGCUGUCCUUUGUGGGCAGGUGUCGGAGCAGGAGAGCAUUCCCAAGCGCAUCCAGGCUGGAUAUGUUUUCAAGGAACACAUUGACAAAGCCAUUGCCCUGAAGCCCCAGGACCCACAGCUCUACUAUCUGCUGGGCAGGUGGUGUUACCAGGUUGCCCACCUGGGCUGGCUGGAGAAGAGGACGGUGUCGGCGCUGUUCGAGGCUCCCCUGACGGCCACAGUGCAGGACGCGCUCCAGAACUUCCUGCGGGUCGAGGAGCUGAGCCCAGGGUUUUCCAAAGCAGGAAGAGUUUACAUUGCCAAGUGCUACAGGGACCUGGGCAACGCCUCGGCGGCCGUGCUGUGGAUGGACCUGGCCGCGGAGCUGCCCGGCUACACCAAAGAGGAUGCAGAAAGUGAGAAGGAACUUGAGGAGAUGCGCUCAGUCUGUGAGGAAUAAUUUUGGAAAAACUCAUCCCACUCCAGAGACAGUAAAAUUCCAAAUGGAUUUCAUGAUCCUGAAAUUACAAGUACCCUUCAUGGAUAAGCCACAAGAGCUUACAGGAAGACACCCAGCAGCACAUCCAGGAAAACAUCUUGGAAUUAAUGGGAUAAAAUUGUGAUUUAUUUUC